AUACUUGUAAAUAUUUUCUACCAAUAAUAUGAAUUCAAAUUAUUCAGAAUAAUUUCGAAGUAUAUUCAAUACAUUCAAAUCAAAGUAUUUACAUGUGACCUUUUAAAUAUUUAUGUUCAUCACCUUUGGUAAUCGAUGGUAAUUACGUUUAUUCUUCAAAAUAAACGUUUAUUCAUUUAUGUAGAUGGAUUGUAGUGUUAUAGUUCGCAAAGCUAUACUUUUUUUAAUUCAUUCGUACUCUUUCUUAUAAAAAUAGUAUUGAUAAUUGAACAUAUAUGAUGUAAAUAUUUUUUUAUUCACUAUAUUAAUGGAUUAAAGGAAUUGAAAUUCAGGGGCCCAUGAAAUGAAAAUACAUUAUUUUAAUUAGUCAAAAUUAUGUUCUAAGAAUGCCAUCUGAAAUAAAAAGUAUCGAUGCAUUAAGUGCAGAAGAUGAGGAAAGAGAAAGGCCUGUGGAAGACUUGGCGACAUCAAUGAAAACAAAUUCAAAUAAUACUUUAUCAAAUGUAGACAACAAGGAAACUUUAACAUCAAAUGAUAGAACUGAAAUAAUAGAAGUUGCAGGUAACUCUUCUAUAUCAUUUGAUAAUCAAAUAUUACCGGAGAAUGAUUCACAAGCGGAGAUUGCAUCAUUGCAAGAUAAAAUAACAAAUAAUGCUAUUUUUACAACACAAAUUCCAAAUAAGAAAGAAACUUUACAAACAAAUGUAUCAUAUGCAUUAGUUUCGAAAGAAAAAUAUGAUGAUAAAAAUGAACUUUCCAAAGAUGUUACAGUCAAUGAAAAUACUUCGUACAAAGAACUUGCACAAUCUUCAAAUCAAAUACCUGCAUUGUUAUCGCACAAAAAUUUAAUUAGGAAAAAGAUCUUUUUUGCGAGUACAGAUAAUGAAUAUGAAAAAUUACAAAUUGAUCUUGAAUCUACAUUUCAAGAUAGAAACUUAAUGCAAGAAAAAUGUGUUAAUUGGAAUCCAAGAACACAACAAUCUGAAGCUAAUAAUGAAAGUAUAUCCAUUAGUUCUCAUUCCAAAGCAACAAAAGAUAAUUGUAAUGAUAUGAAUGUAGAUAAAUCAGUAUCAUUUUCUCAAGAGUUAUCUGAUAUACAUUCAUCAUUUGAUAAUGGCUCAGCAGAUGUCAGCAAUACUAUGAAUUUAAUGAAGCUAUUAAAACUGCCCGAUGAUAGUGAUAAUGAUUCUUUAUUAGAUAGUGCCAGUGGUUUUACAACAGAGAAUUCAUUUGUGCCAAAACGGUUGUCAAGUCCAUUACCUACUCAAACAGAUUCACUUGAUUCCCAUUAUAACUUAAUCACUGCUAUGAAGCCAUUAAAUAUAUCAGAUACUAACAAUAAAGAGUUGGUUGAUGAUAUAAAUGAUACUGAUGUUUUAUGUUUACAUAGAAUGAAUGGAACACCAGAAUUACAAGAUAGUUUUACAAAUUUGCCACAUUGCAGCAAUUUUAUGAUUACCAAGGAUACUUUACAAUUAGAAGAUCUUAGUCAUAAAAGCUCCUUAGAAAAAGAGAAGUGUGAUGUAAAUAAUUUAAAUAAAGUUGAUUCAUUAUCUGCAAAUACGUCUAAAAAUGAUAUGGCAGUUGAAAAUAUAUUAACAGAUUUGUCUCAUAAUAAUAUUAUAAAGGGAAAGAAAUUAUUUAAAAUGUCAAUUCUGAGAAAUGUAGAUGAAGCUGCAGCAAUUCAGCAAACAGAAUUAGAAGAAAAUGCUAUAGCACUUUUAGAACCAUCAAUUUCCAGACAAGAAACUUUAUUAGAGGAAGCUCAGAGUAUAGAGUUGGAUCCUCGUUCUUCAAAUAGUAGUGAUGGAAGUAAUUCUGAUACAGAAUCUCAACAAGCAAUUUCAACUCAUAACAGAUCUGCAAUGAAAUUAACAGAAACUAAUGAUGUAAUAACUAAAGAAGGGGUAGAAUAUUAUCAGCUAUGGCGUAGCACUGCCGGACUUUCACCUCCUGAGUCUUUAUAUGAAACGCUGUAUCCAAAUCCCCCACCCCUCCCUCCAAGAACAGUGAACAAAUUCUUGCACAAAAGGAAUGCAUUGCUACCAGAAUUACCAAAAAGGCAUCUUUCAAAAUACCCUGCGCCUUUGCACCCUUCAGACUGUUUUGGAUUUGAGAUUGUAGAUGUUGAUGAAGCAUCUAAUUUAAAGACAAGGACAGCAGUAACAACAAGUAUAGCAUUAUUAAGUUCACCAAGAGCUCAUAGAUCAUUGACAAGGCCAGAAACAGGAGGAUUAUCUAAUUCAGCAGAGUGUCCUCCAACACCAACACACCGUCCAAAGCCUUUACGGCCAUUACCUAUGUGUCAAACAUCAAAUAUAUCAUUAUCUUCAGAAGAACCAUUACCGCCUUCAUGGGAAGCACGAAUAGAUAGUCAUGGUAGAGUAUUCUAUAUAGAUCAUAUUAAUCACACUACAACAUGGCAAAGACCUACAUUAGCUACUCGAAAUACGGGUUGUGAUCUUCGAAGACAGCAAUUAGAUAGACGCUAUCAGAGCGUUAGACGUACUAUUUCUCGGCCUGAUAAUAUCGAUCGUGAACUCUGUAGUGCCAGUACGAAUGGAAAUCAUAGUGAAAAUAAUGAAAGACAGAAUGAUAGAUCUAUUGAAAGAACUGAUUCAGAGACUUUUGAUAUUACAACAAUACCACCGGUGCUAUUUUUAACAAGACCUGAUUUUUUCAAUGUCCUUCACACUAAUGUUGAAGCCAUGGAAUUAUACAACCAUAAUCCAAGUUUAAAACAUAUGAUUAGUAGAAUUAGAAGAGAUUCCGCAAUUUUUCCAAGAUAUGAACAUAACAGAGAUUUAGUUACUUUGAUUAACUUCUUUGCUGAUUCAACAAAAGAGCUCCCAAGAGGGUAUGAAUCCAAACUGGACAGAACAGGCAAAAGAUUUUUCAUUUGUCAUGCAAGGAAAGCUACAUCGUUUAUCGAUCCGAGAUUGCCGACUGAAGCUGCACAUCCACGAACGUUACUGGAUGAAGCACCUACACCACCACCCAGACCACAACAGUCUGCUAUUACAACAACACCAGAUAUACCUGUAGCUUACAAUGACAAAGUCGUGGCCUUCUUAAGACAACCAAAUAUAAUAGAUAUUCUAAAAGAAAGACAUUCAGCAUUAGGACAAAAUAUAGCAUUACGUGAAAAAGUUAAUACUAUUAGAGUAGAAGGUACUACAGCCUUACAACGACUGGGACAUGAUGUACCUUUAGCAUUGUUGUUAAGUUUGUUCGAGCAAGAAAUUAUGUCAUAUGUACCUGGAAAUGUAGGUAGAUCUCCAAUUGGUAGUCCACAUGCAUCACCAGGUCUAACAAGAGCUUCAGCCAGAGCUCCAGCUCCAUAUAGAAGAGAUUUUGAAGCUAAACUUAGGACUUUUUAUAGAAAAUUAGAAAGUAAAGGAUAUGGCCAAGGACCAGGAAAACUUAAAUUACAUAUUAGAAGAGAGCAUUUAUUGGAAGAUGCUUUUACACGUAUAAUGGCUGCUACUAAGAAAGAUUUGCAAAAAGGCAAAUUAGUAGUUAUUUUCGAUCAUGAAGAAGGCUUGGAUUAUGGUGGUCCAUCCCGUGAAUUUUUCUUUCAUCUAUCACGUGAACUUUUUAAUCCUUAUUAUGGAUUAUUCGAAUAUUCUGCGAACGAUACAUAUACAGUUCAAGUAUCUCCUAUGUCAGCAUUUGUUGAUAACUAUCACGAUUGGUUCAGAUUUUCAGGUAGAGUUUUAGGUUUGGCAUUAGUUCAUCAAUAUUUAUUGGAUGCGUUUUUUACAAGGCCAUUUUACAAAGCACUUUUGAGAAUACCAGCUAGCCUAAGCGAUUUAGAAAGUUUGGACCAAGAGUUCCAUCAAAGUUUAAUGUGGAUUAAAGAAAGGGAUAUAAGUAUAGAACCGUUGGAAUUAACUUUCUCUGUAACGGAAGAACUUUUGGGUCGCGUAGCAGAACGUGAGUUAAAACCAGGUGGACGAAACAUUGCUGUUACAGAAAAAAAUAAAAAGGAAUAUCUUGAAAGAGUUGUACGUUGGCGAUUAGAACGUGGUGUCGCAGAACAGAUAGAAUCACUUGUUCGCGGCUUUUACGAAGUGGUAGAUCCUCGAUUGGUAUCAGUAUUUGAUGCACGUGAAUUGGAAUUAGUAAUAGCAGGUGCAGCAGAGAUUGAUCUUAACGAUUGGAGAAUGCACACGGAAUAUAGAAGCGGAUAUCAUGAUGCACAUCCUGUGGUAGAAUGGUUCUGGAGUAGUAUAAGCCGAUUCUCGAAUGAACAACGACUUCGAUUAUUACAAUUCGUAACUGGUACUUCAAGCAUUCCAUAUGAAGGAUUUGCAGCCUUGCGUGGAUCUACUGGACCAAGAAAAUUUUGUAUUGAAAAAUGGGGAAGACCAAACAGUUUACCCAGAGCUCAUACUUGCUUUAAUCGUUUGGAUCUUCCGCCGUAUCCUACACCGGAAAUUUUAUAUGAAAAAUUAUUAUUAGCGGUGGAGGAAACCAAUACCUUUGGAAUCGAAUAAGACCAUGUGAUGUAGUUAAAUUUAACGGAUUACAAACAAUAGUUUAAUAUAUUAAAUAUUAUAGCAUAAUGAAAAAAUUGAAAACUUUUUCAAUCGCAGGUAACAGCUUCGCUCGACGACACUUUUGAAUAUAUUCCAAAUUUUAUAAGUGAUUUUUUUUUUAAAGCAAUCAAAGAUGUAUCAAUAUGUAUAUAAGUAGAGGUAUAAUGUUGUCUUUUUGUAGCAAAUGUUAUUAAUAGUGCAUGGUGGAAAUGUUCUCUCUAUUUGUCCAAGUUUUCUUUUUCAUGUCUUAUAUUCUUCCUAAUGUAUUUUCUAAUUGAGAUAUAUCUAUGCAUUGUAUAGCGCAAUCUUGAAAUUAAGCAUAGUUCUCAAGUCACGUAAAAAUAUUGCAUUUUUAUUAUAUAUAAUCAGUAAAGAAUAAUAAUAUAAUAAGAUAUUGAAAGAACCAUGUAUUUCUUAGCAGCUGGUCUUUUUAAGCUAUUUAAAUGCACGGUAAUAUUACGUAUUCGUAUGUAAAUGUUUUGCGUUUUAGAAUGAUAGUUUUAAUACAUAUGAAUAUAAUGAUGAAACUGAAAGCUCGAAAAUCGAAAAGUAUCCCCACCAAGUGCUAUUAUCGCUUUUUACUGUAUCUUAUCUCUCAUUUGAUAAUAUUUCUAAUAGAUUAAUAUAAAAAUUCAAACAACAUGAAAUUAUAUAUAUUUUUUUUUCUUACAUUAAAGAUAUAGUUACAGUUCUAAUGUUAUAAAUGCUUUCCAAAGUUUAUUAAAAUAUUGCAGUUAUAAUAAAGUAUAUAAAUCAUAAGCCAAUUUUUGAAUGGUUCACAAAAUUAUGCUUCAUAAAAAUCCUAAUAAACAUUUUUAUCGUUUUGACUUUCCUAGCAUUUAAGUAUAUUGAAUUUUCUAGUCUGUACUUCAUAUAUCCGAAAUUGCAAUUUUGUGUCCUAUAUUUUGCAACAUUCCAGAUUUAUCGGCUUAAUUGUAGUAUAAAUAGAACGAUAUAAUAUUUAAAAAAAAUGAAUAAGUAUGAUAAGUUAGUAUUUACACAUUGUUUGUGGAAUAAUUUAAUAUGUAAUUAGAUUAAGAAUAUCUUUAUUUAGAAAAUAUGUAGUAAUUCAGCUAUAGUUGAUAUAAUUAGCUAUUUGCAUAAUGACUAACAAGAUUCAAAACAUGUUUGAAUGUAAUAUUUGAUUAUCAUUUUAAGUAGAAAUGAUGAUUAUUUAAUUUUAGUAAUCAAAUAAUUUAUAUGCAAUAUAAUACAAUUAAUAUUGCUGUUUCUAUUAUCAUAUAAAAUUAUACAGAAAUUGGGAUAUGUUUUAAUUUUUCAUCUUGUCUGUACCUUGUUGCAUGACUAGCAGAUAUUUCUAACAUAUUGUAGAGAAAACAAAUAUUUAAAUGUUUCUAAUGUAAAUUAUUUAUUUAAUAGAAAUACUAUCAAACUAUAAUUGAUGAGUAUUAAAACUGUGUUAAAUAUUUCAUAGAAUUAUUCAUUUGCAUUGUUCAAGAAGAUGUUAAUGAUACAACUCUUUCCUUGUUUGUAAGAAAAUAGUUGUAUAUUUAGCCUGAAUUAUUAAUUCUGUAGAUUUUCAGAACUAGUCAUGUGUAGUACGUAGAUGAAAUUUAUAAAAUUACGCACACUGUAUUUACAUAAUAUAAAUAGAGUUAGUAAUAGAUAUUCAUAAUAUAUCAAAUUACUGACUUUCUUCUCAAGUAGGAAAUAAACUGUACUUGCGUGCUAUAUAUCAUGUUAUUAAAAUAUAUUAUUAGUUUACACUCUCACUCUCAAAAUAAUAUAAUCAUAUUGUAAAAUACAUAAAUAUAUAUACUGUAAAACUUA